CGAGGACAGAGACACUGACUAGCACUGUUCCUAGAUCACCUUUCCUCCAUUACCACCAUGAAGUUGCUUGCAAUCACCGUGCUGUUCCUCACUGUCUGUAGCCUUGAAGGGGCUAUGGUUCGGAGACAGGCAGAGGAAACGAGUCUGCAGAGCAUGGUCACUCAUUACCUCCAGGCCAUGACUGACUAUGGCAAGGACCUGGUGGAGAAAGCCAAAGGCACAGAGCUUCAGGCCCAAGCCCAGGCUUACUUUGAAAAGACACAGCAACAGCUGACACCCCUGGUGAAGAAGGCUGGAACUAGUCUGUUUAACUUCUUGAGCAAUCUUAUGGAUCCCCAAAAAACAGAGCCUGCCACCCAGUGAGACGUCCAGAUUAUUGUCUUUCAAUUCUAGAACACCUAUUGGCCAGGCCUAGACCUUCCUUCCUCCCC